UUGUUUCUGGCCGGACUCUGUACGUGUGCGCGCUCCUUCUGCUUCCUGUUUCUGUGAGAGGAGAAGUGUGCUUCCUGUCGGACACUAACUUCUUCUGUUGGACACUAACUUCUUCUUCUGUGGGACACUAAGUUAUUCUUCUGUGGGACAAAAUGCAGGACCCAAACGAGGACACGGAGUGGAAUGACAUCCUGAGGAAGAAAGGCAUUCUUCCGCCUAAAGAGGAAAGCCCACAAGACGACGAGGAAGAACAACAACAUCAGUCUGUCGUGCAAAGUUACGAGGACAUGACGCUGGAGGAGCUGCACGACAACCAGGAUGACUUUGAAGAGGACGACGAGGCGGCCAUAGAGAUGUACAGACAGAAGCGUCUGGCGGAGUGGAAGGCCAGUCAGGCCAAGAACAUCUUCGGGGAGGUGACGGAGAUCUCGGGUCAGGACUACAUCAACGAGGUCAACAAGGCUGGCGAAGGCAUCUGGGUGGUGCUGCACCUCUACAAGCAAGGCAUCCCCCUGUGCUCGCUCAUCAACCAGCACCUCAGCGCUCUGGCCCACAAGUUCCCUCAGACCAAGUUCCUCAAGUCCAUCUCCACCACCUGCAUCGCCAACUACCCCGACCGCAACCUGCCCACGGUCUUCGUCUACCUGGACAACCAGAUCAAGGCGCAGUUCAUCGGGCCGCUGGUCUUUGGCGGCAUGAAGCUCACCUUGGAAGAACUGGAGUGGAGGAUAUCAGAGAGCGGCGCGGUGAAGACGGAGCUGGAGGAGAACCCUCGGAAGCAAAUUGAGGACAAACUGAUGUCGUCCAUCAGGUCCUCGCUGCCCACUCGCAGGACCAGUGAGUCUGAGUCUGAGGAUGAGGACUGACUUUUCUGCCUUACUGAACUGGUCGCCAUGGAAACCUCCUUAAAGGACUGCCAAGGAAACAAUUCAAAGUACAUUAAACUUCUUCUUUGUGUCCAACAUUGGCGUUGUUAGGCCUAUUUUUGGGGGCUCUAGCCCCCCAAAAAUAUUCUUAAGCCCCCUAAAUAAUUUGGUGUUAUAUACAGUAUAUAUAUAUAUAUUUUUUUUUUUUUUUUUUUUUUUACAAAUACAAGUGGCCCGGAUAUGAGUUUAAAUAAAUCAUCAUAUAACCUGACAUGUUUCCCCUCACUUCAUAGCCCGAUCCAUUCCACUUGUUCAUAUAGAAAAUGCCCACAUCACUCAGUCCGCAUUUUCUCUGCGACCUUGCUUGCGGUCCUGCAGGUGUGCAGCUUUGAAGCACACAGCGCUGCAGAACAACAACGUGAACGGAUGCAAAAUGGACAUAAGAAACUUUUCAAGAAAGUAAGUAUUGAUCACUGCUUGUAGUCAAAUGUAUUAGCUCCACUUUACACCAGGAGGUUUGUGUUU